UCAGUAUCGGGCGAGCAACUUGAUUCGUCACUAGACCGCAGAUCGUCCAAAGAAACACUCGUUCCGGCCUGUUCAGGCCAAGACGUUUGAGGUUAGGCGUCUUUAGUUUACAGUGUUUUCUGCGCAUCGUUUAACCUGUACACGCUGAAUUCGUUUUCGAUUUCUGCAAGGUAAUCGUCAUGGCGACUGAACGGUACAGCUUUUCGUUGACAACUUUCAGUCCCUCGGGGAAACUGGUGCAGAUCGAGUACGCUCUUGCAGCCGUUGCAGCAGGUGCUCCCAGCGUUGGAAUAAAAGCCUCCAAUGGAGUCGUAUUGGCGACGGAGAACAAACAUAAGUCAAUACUUUACGACGAACACAGUGUGAAUAAAGUUGAGCCUAUAACGAAACACAUAGGCAUGGUUUACAGUGGAAUGGGGCCGGACUAUCGAUUGUUAGUCAAGCAGGCUCGUAAAAUGGCUCAGCAGUAUCGAUUGGUGUACGGAGAACCGAUUCCAACUGCACAGCUUGUGCAACGCGUCGCUAUGUUGAUGCAAGAAUACACUCAGUCCGGAGGCGUUAGACCCUUCGGAGUCUCCUUGCUAAUUUGUGGGUGGGACAACGGCAAGCCUUACCUGUUCCAAUGCGAUCCGUCUGGUGCUUAUUUUGCAUGGAAAGCAACAGCUAUGGGGAAGAACUUUGUCAACGGCAAGACCUUCCUUGAGAAGAGAUACGGAGAAGACUUAGAGUUGGACGAUGCCGUUCACACUGCCAUAUUAACUUUGAAGGAAGGUUUCGAGGGUCAAAUGACUGCGGACAACAUCGAAGUUGGUAUUUGUGAUGCAAACGGGUUCAGACGUUUGGACCCAUCGAAUGUAAAGGACUAUCUUGCGAAUAUUCCGUAAUUUUUAAAUACUCUCUGUUGUUUUAUUGCUGUCUGGAUAACCUGUGCGUUGCAGGAACGGCAAAGAAGUUCAUAAAUUAUAUCGAAUUUGUCUACAGGCUUGAUUAAUCAUUUCGGCAUACGAGCUUGACCUUUUUUAAAAAUCAUGCUCAUGAAUAA